GGGGUCUGGCGGCUUGUGGUCGUUUUGUUUUCUUGGCUGAGACUAGUGACAAGUGAGGCGGCCCCGUGCGGCGCGACACCAGGCACCGGACGUAGUGCAUUGCCAGGUCUGGACGUAAGUGCCCGUGACCUGAGAAAAUGUCAGGAUUUCUAGAAGGUAUGAGAUGCUCAGAAUGCGUUGAUUGGGGAGAAAAGCGAAAUACUAUUGCUUCCAUCGCUGCUGGUGUUCUGUUUUUCACAGGCUGGUGGAUUAUCAUAGAUGCAGCUGUUAUUUAUCCCAGUAUGGAAGAGUUCAACCACUCAUACCAUGCCUGUGGCGUGAUAGCAACCAUAGCCUUCUUAAUGAUUAAUGCAGUAUCAAAUGGACAGGUCCGGGGUGACAGUUACAGCGAAGGUUGUCUGGGUCAAACAGGUAAAUAAAUGCAAACAACAUCUUACUAUCC